AUGGACAAGUUUCUGAUUCCAAGAAGCAUCAUUGCUACAGGCGAGUUGGGUCCUGUCGCAUCUUCCAUGACUACACACCAGUCAUCUUACACUGAACUACUCAAAAGUAAAAUUCAUCACACUCUUAAAUCCAUCUUUGGUUUGGCCGACUUCCGCGGGGAACAGGAGCGAAUCAUCUUGUCCACUCUGCAAGGUGGUGGAAAGUCGCUUACGUUUCAACUUCCUGCACUAAUCUCUCCUGGAAUUACUCUAGUGAUUUCACCCUUGAUUGCUUUAAUCCAAAAUCAAGUUGAUGCUCUUGUGAAACUCAAAAUCAAGGCUGCAUCUCUCAACUCUAGUCUCAAAAAAACUGAAAAAGACAAGAUUACAAAGGACUUGGCUACUGGAAAUCCAAAAACUAAAUUACUUUAUGUCACUCCAGAACUGCUUGCAACGGAUAAAUUUAGAGCCACCAUGCAAAAAAUCAAUAAAGCAGGAAUGCUUUCCCGAAUUGUGGUGGAUGAAGCACAUUGUAUCAGUGAAUGGGGACAUGACUUUCGAGACGAUUACCGCAAAUUAUCGUAUUGGAAAGACACCUAUCCAACCAUUCCUAUCAUGGCUCUUACCGCCACUGCCAUUGCUAGUGUUCAAGCAGAUAUUGUAAAGCAGCUUCACUUGGACACAUCGCUAAACACGUUUAUUUCAUCAUUCAAUCGACCAAACUUGCAUUAUGAAGUACGGUUUAAACCUUUAGACACAAAUGAUCCUUUCAACGAUAUAAUUAAAUUUCUCAAUAACGUGUACGAAUCCAGACGAGAACGAUUAAAAAAAAGCAACUCUGAAGGAAGAUCCACUGCUCUUUGCGGAAUCAUAUACUGUGGAACACGAAAAACAUGCGAGGAUGUAGCCAGCAUGCUUCGUACAAAUCAAAUAAGAGCACAGUGCUACCAUGCUGGACUUUCGCCAAAAACUCGAAAGCAAAUUCUUCAAGCAUGGUCAGGCACGGAUGUAACCACAGCUGUAUCCACUCCAAAAGAAAAAAAGACCAAAAGAGCAUCAGCCUCCACCACUCCGUCGAAACAAACAUCUACAGCCAAACAUGGUACAACCGAACCCCUUAUUCCAGGGGAAACUGUAGACAUAGUUGUUGCAACAAUCUCUUUUGGAAUGGGUAUUGACAAAAAAGAUGUCCGAUUUGUGAUUCAUUGGGAUAUGCCCAAAUCUUUUGAAGGCUACUAUCAGGAAUCAGGACGUGCUGGUCGUGACGGAAAAGUGAGUCGGUGUAUUUUAUACUACUCAAGACAAGAUAGGGAUCGACAUGUUUUUAUGCUCCAGCAGCAACUGAACAGCCUUGAUUCUGCAUAUAGGACGCAUGCCAUGCAAAGCUUCAACGAGCUUGUCAGGUAUUGUGAAAACGAUAGUAUUUGUCGGCACAAGUAUACCGAUGAGUAUUUUUCUGAAAAAAAAAUAAUGGUAGACUUGAAUGUUCAAACAAAAAAACUCAAGCGCACCUUAAUAGAGUCUAAAAACCAAGACGAACUGUGUCCAGAAAAACACUGUGAUAUAUGUCGAGAUCCUCUCAAAGUCAAGAAAAUGGUCAAGGCCGCUUUAUCCAACCCUUCAGUACAUAAACCGCGAUUUGGAGCAGAUUUGGCCGAUAUGCCUGUUAUGCCUUGCUCAUCAGCCAUUGAAAAGUUUGGUGGUUUCAAAAGUGCUCGUGAAUUAAAUAUGACGCGACUCAAGGACGGAUCAGUUGUUGGAGUUGUUCGUAAGCGUACACUUGAUAUGUUUUCAACUGAUCCCGAUAUGGACGAUCUUGCUGCUCAAUCCAGUGCAGUAUGUUCUGCCAUACACCCCUAUAAUGAAGAAUCCAGACAGGAUGAUUACAAUGGCAGACAAUAUCAAGAAAGCUCAAACUAUAGACACCAAACCAGCACUGGUACCAAAACAAACCAUUCUGAUUUUCAAACUGCAAGUGGCAAAUCCAUCAAAGUAGAUCCAGCAGCAAAAAGAUUGUUUCUUUUUGGGAAAAAAGGAUUGAAAGAAACCGUUUCAAACACACCGCUUUCACAACUAGAACUGCGAACAACGUCAACAUUUCCAAUACGAUCCCCAGCAGCAAAAACCGUUCAGGGAAUGAAUAUUACUGAUCGAGAACGGUCGUUUGAGCGAAUUUAUAACGAGCUGAAAAACGUAUUUCCUAUAUUGGAAUGCAGUAGCAACUGGAUUUGGAACUUGGUUUGUAUUGACAACCCUGAUGAACGCAGUCAUUUUCUACUGCAGGUGGCUGCGGAUAUUGAGGCAAGAUGCUAUAGGGGUACAAAGCUGGCUAUGAUUUACAACAAUUACAUUGUAGCGCGAAUUCGGGAGAUUAAGAAUUUAAAACAGCCUGAGCAUCUACAGACAUGGAUUACUGGCACAGCUGUGGAAGUUAUUUUAUCAAAAAACGCCCAGCAACCCAUCCAAGGAUCUACUUAGUCAUUACAAACUGGUGCCAACCCCUUGGUUGUUGAAACAAUUCGAAAUGAUAUUCAUUCAAAAUCUAGUCAACCAUUUACGCUACAUUCGUGUCAUAAUAAAUACUCAAAAAUCAAACUCGCAAUCAGAA